UCCAGUAGUACUGGAGUAUGUUGGUGGCUUUAGGUUGACUCUCAAUUUUUUCUUCUAGAUAUGUAGGAACCUUUAAAAGACAAUCGGUAUGAUUUGAUUGCUGGAAUGAAAUUUGUGCAUUGGCAUCAAAAUACAGCCUUGGCCAUUCAGUAUCUGCAUCUUAAAGCUUGUCCAGCAUUGAGAGUGCUGAUGAGAUGUGGAUUCCCUCUGCUCACCAGCAUUAUGUUGGGAGAUGUUUAUUUAGGCCGCCUGUAUUUGGAAAUUUAUAUAAGUUUUCCUUUUUGCUUUGAUAUAUUUCUAAAAUGUGCUUGAAAGAGGGGAUAUGGUUUUUGUUCUUUCAAUUGAGUUUAAGCUUGUUAAACCAUUUCUCUCUCAGUUCCAUUUUCUUACACCACCUGUUUACAGUGUAUCAAUUGAUCUCAACAGCUUAAGUUAAUCCUGACAUUCAUAUUCUCCGUUAUUAGGGCCUCGUACCCUUGAAAGUUCCAGAAUUUCCAGUGAAAAAGUCUAACACAGUGAAUUAGUUGCUUUAUAUUGCCAUACAAUACAAACAAAGUUCAGACUUCCGUAGACAGUUACUUGCUGGAAAUGGGAGCUCAUAUUCCAUGCAGCAGCUAUGCCCCAGUAUAUAUCCCCACAAUGAAUCAUAACUUAAGUGCUAAUGGCAGUGAGAGGAAUCAUAAUUUGACUUCUGACCAGCUUUUUUGGUAUUACAAGGAGGUGUUCAAGCAGAAAAUGCUCAAUCAAGAAAUGAUAUUUAAGAAUCAGAUUCUGGACCUCCACCGCCUUUAUGGAAGACAAAGAGAACUAAUGGAUGAUAUAACAAGGAAUGAAUUAGAUAAACAUAAUCUGGGCACCGAGGUUUCAAGGCGGACUACUUCUUUGUCUCAGACUUCUCUUGUCUGUGCUCAAAAGACAUUCAACAUCCCUGCAUGCAGUCAAGUAUCUAUUUCAGGUGCUGAAAAUAUCCAGUCACCUUCAUGUUUUCUUCAAGGGAGGAACAUAAGGGCAUGCUCUUAUCCUGCUCAAACUGAAGGCCAUUCAGGAGACCGUGAAUUUUUGAAAUCCAAAUGCAAGAAACCUCGGAAGAACUUGGACCUUCGACUUCCAGCUGAUACAAUAUACAUUGAUAGUGAAGAAGAGGAAUUGUUAGAAGACGGAAAGGUUUCUGAAGCAGCUGAGGUAUCAAGUUAUCCUACUAAGAGAAUUCCCGAGGUUGUGUGUAAUGGUGAUGCAACUAAUGGAUUCAACUCCGUUUCCAAUUAUGCCUCAAGUGCUUCAUUAGAAAAAGGUUGGGUUGACUUAAAUUAUCUGUAUAAGCUACAGGAAAAAACAGCUCCUGCAUCCGAUAGUUUUGAGGGGCCCACUGCCGUCGAAGCUUACUCAAAUAUUCUACUGCAAGGCACAGAAAGCAAACAGGAGUGGUUGUCAUCUUAUAAUUACAAUGCUGGGAAAAUUCAAAGCAGCUUGUAUUCUUUGCCUCGAGGAUUUCAUGCAGAUGACAUAUCCUCGUCAUCUAACUCAUUACAUAAGAAGCUUACGCAACAGGAACCGUCAUCCUUUCUUCACAAUCACCAAAAUUCGUCGAGUGAAAGAGCAAUGAUUGCUGUUCAAAACUUCAGAAGAAAUUCUAAAACUAAAAAUGAUCAUCAAUCUGGACCAAGUGGAGCUUUGAUGUGCACAUCAUCCCAACAUAUUCCUCGUGACUGCAUGGAACAUUCUGGGUCCUCAGGCAUUGCUGCUUUAAGAAAACCUAUGCAUGACUUGGCACGUACCCAGAUUGCAGUUCAAGCACUCCCAUGUCUUAACACCUCUAUACCACUCAGUAAUAACUGUAAAUCAUCAACAUUAAGGCGUGGGCUUGAGGAAGAAAGGUUACAGUUGAAGAAGCAUCUGAGGUCUAGUACAAAACAUGAUGGUACGGUCUCUGACAGUAGCUUUAGCAAUGGCUUUGAUUUAGAAUCCAACAAAUCAGGGGCCCAGCCACCAUCCAUCAGUUCUGAUAAUCUGAUAAGGGUUAAUGACGGUUUAGUGCCUGAACUUCAUGGAAUUACCAGAUACCUGCAGGAUUCUGCAAAUGUCAAUGCUUGGAAGGAUAUAGACCUGAAUUUCAUGCCUCCUAGCUGUUCUUCGGAUGCAGCAGUUUCCCAGAGUUUCCAAACAACUGGAACAGAAAAGCUUGAAGAUUCUAAUGAGAGGUUUCCUUUGCAUAGACCGAAACUUGAUUAUUAUGGGAAAACUGAUAAAGGAUGUGAAGAUUCAAAUCAGGCAGAGGCAAGUGACUUCUUGAGUCAACAGAUUCAUGGGUCUCCUACUUGUGAGACACCUAACAUUUCUGGUGAUCACUGUUAUCAUGUCUCAGGCUCCAAUCACCAUCAGAACUCAGUUCAAGAUAUCAAGGACAGCAAAAGAGCUGUGCUACUUGAUUUAAAUGUGCCUUGUGAUUCUGUGCACAACAAAGAAGUAGAACCAACUGUUGAUGAACAUGUGGAAAAGAGUAAAUUUAAGAAAGAUGCAGGUUUUGGAGUUCACAUUGACCUGAACUCAUCCAUAAAUGAUGUAGGUUUUGGAGUUCACAUUGACCUGAACACAUCCGUAAAUGAAGAUGAGUUUUCAGCAAUGUCAUCCUCUUCAACAGAGAGUCUUUUGGAGGCACCUGCUAGUCCAGAAAACAAAGAGUGUUCUCCACCGAGAGGUGUCUCAUCUGAUGGAAAUCAAGUUGACACACCUGAUCUAAUGUCAGGACUGGAAGCUCCAGAAAACAAGGAGUCUUCUCCACCUACAGGAGAAUCUGAUGAAAAUCAUGUUGAGAUACCUUUUCCAUUGUCAGUACAGCAAGAUCUCGAACAUAAGGUGUGUUCUCAGCCAACAGAAUCUGAUGAAAAAGUUGACGCACCAUCUCCAUUGUCAGUACACGAAGAUCUCGAACAUAAGGUGUGUUCUAGGCCAACAGAAUCUGAUGAACAAAUUGAGACACCUUUUGCAUUGUCAGGGCAGGGAGGUCUGCAGAACAAAGAGUGUUCUCAGCCAAUAGAAUCUGAUGAAAAUCAAAGUGUGACACCUUUGCCAUUGUCAAAUAUGGAAAGCAAAGAUUGUUCUAAGCCUAUGGAUUCUGAUGAAAAUCAAAUUGAGACACCUUUUCCAUCAGGACUGGAUGGUCUGGAGAGCAAAGAUUGUUCUCAGCCUAUGGACUCUGAUGAAACUCAAAUUCAGACACCUUUGCCACGGUCAGGACAGGAAAAUCUGGAAACCAAAGAGUGUUCACAGCCAAUGGACUCUACUGAAAUACAAAUUGAGACACCUUUUCUAUUGUCAGGACAGGAAGUGCAUCUGGAAGAGGAACUGUUCAGGACUGCUGCAGAAUGUUUGGUCACCAUUUCAUCAUCCGUGUGUCAUACUUGUUCUGAAAGGACCACAUACAAGCCAACUGAAACUUCAUCUGAUUCCCUAAAGUGGUUUGCUGGUUUAGCGUCUUCAGUUUUAGGCAGUCUAAAAAACGAGGUGGGAUGCGGUGAUCAUCAGGAGGUUCUACCUGAUGGAAUGGACUACUUUGAGGCCAUGACAUUGAAGCUACCAGAGUCAAAGGUGGAAGAGUGCUGCUGCUAUAGAAGUAAUGGCUACAAAGAGGAAGUGAUGGUCACAUCUUCAUCACAAAGUCAGCCAAAAAAGGGUCGACCUAGAAAAGGAAGGCAACAGAGGAAGGACUUCCAAAGGGAAAUUCUCCCUGGCCUUGCUUCUUUGUCAAGGUGUCAGGUGACUGAGGAUCUUCAGAUCAUAGGAACACUAAUUGAGGCUUCUGCUGAUUGCUCCGAAACAAGAUCAGUAAGACAUGCAGCUAAAUUUGGGUUGGCAAGGGGGAGGAGAAGGUGCACCAUUUCUGCUUCCGCUGUAAAAGAGAAUACUGCUGCUUCACCACUGAAUCACAUCGGUGUCAAAAGGCAAUUGGAAUGUGAGAAGAGAAGCCUAAUUGAUUGGGGAGAGGUAACUAGGCGGCGUAGAGGGCAGAGAAAUUCGGGUAGUGAUCUGCGGCUGAUUAGAAACAAGGUAUAGGGAAAUGAAUAACAGUGUACGUUUUUAAUGCUCUUUUGGGAGGUUUGUGUGAAUCAUAAGGUUGGUUUUUGUACAUGUCCUCCAAACCUUCAGAGUUCAUACAUGUGGGUGGGUAUAUACGUUUGGGUGGAUAGAACUCAUAGAAAGGAAGCCAUGACAUUCAUGCAUGAGAGUCCCCUCAUUUGCAGAAUGAUAUAUUCAAAUUUGAAGUGUUUUUGGCAAAGUGCUAUGUUGUUCUUUUUCUUCAAUCAAAGUUAUCAAACAUUUUGUUGAA